UUUAAUAAAAAGUCUGUGCGUAAAGAAGAAUGCGUUUGAUCCCAAUUCAAAUGUGGAAUAAAGGUGUAAAGGUGGAGAAUAAGAGGGCAACAAUCCGGAAACUUGAAAAGAUAUCGCAGAUAUUCUCAACUAAGCUUAUUCCACACGGCAGAAACCUGUAUUCAUGCUGCAGUUUAAAGAAAUUCAUACAGGAUAAAAUAGAAUUUGUAAUGACAGAUUGUUCAUUUUACAGUAGACACUGUCAUAUAACGGGAGAACCUUUAUUCAUGUGGUAUUUUCAUGUCAAUUAUAUGGUAAAAACGUGUAAUUAUAGGGUAAAACGUCAGCCUUAAACGUGAAAUCAACAGUACUGCCAUCUCUUUCCUGUAAUACUGUUGACAUUUUGGUUAAAUUCUGGCAAUCACAGUUGACAGAUUCUUGCAAUAAGAACAACAUUUUUUUUAAAUGAUAAAAGUUGCCAAGGUGAAGUGUGAGAGAGAUAAUAUUUACCACACUGAAGGGGUGAGGAUAGGCAAACUACAUUUAUUAUAUGUAAGAUACUUUACAUUUGUGGUGGACACUGUAAACAAAGAGAAGUCAAAGAUACAAAUUAGUAUUUGCAUACCGCAUACAUCACCUAUGUUGGAAAGUAGAUCUGUUUAUUUAGAGAGGAUUCAGUAAGCCUGAGGUAGGUCAGCUUUAUGCGUACGCAAACUGUGGACUGAGCUGUUACAGUGAAACCCUUCUUACAACAAAGUUCCAACAGUAAGUAAAUAUGACUUAAGUAAAAAAAAAAAGAAAAACAGUUCAUCUACCGGCUAAACUGGCAUGUCAUGACAGUUUGAGUUAUGACAGCUUCUGUAAGUAAAUACAACUCAACUGAAAAACACAAUCCAGCUCAUGAACGAGUGAUUUCAUGUCCUGUCACAUUUCUGUGAAAUCAUUCACAGUGAGAGUCACAGCACAAAACUGAAACAUGACUCACAAACUGAACACGUUUCUUCUACAAGAAACUCAACCUGCAUCCGAACUCACGCAAUGUCAAUGCGUAAAGUCCCCACGGAGGACAGUCUCAGCUGCAAAGCACCUGUGACCUGCGUGCAUCUCUUUCCAGAACACGAAUGAGUACGAGAUGUUCAUUAUUCAGACCAAGAAGCUUCAUGCGUUCAUUGCUGUCACUGCUGGCUCUGUGUCUCCUGCUGUUGAGCCUGAUAUACAGCUUCAUCGCUGAUUUGUCACCUACCUCAAGGGUUUUAAAUGGCAUCCAGACAGUUCACAGACACAAUAUUAACUGUGAGGCCAUCUAUGACAUGGACCCGGUGGAGGUGGGUAAAUCCCUGAUCAUCAGACGGAACAAAGUUGUGGAGGACACAGAUGAAAGUCUGGUUAACUUCACCUCAGAUUGCCCUUUGUUCACCAAGUCCAGAGGUUAUGAUGACAUUUGUGUGUCGGAGGAAGAGAAACACUUCCCUCUUGCUUAUUCAAUGGUUGUGCAUAAAUCUGCAUGGAUGGUAGAAAGACUCAUCAAGGUGCUGUACUCGCCCAGUAACAUCUACUGCAUCCACUACGAUCAGAAGUCUUCACCUGAAUUCAUCUCCGCCAUGGAGGGGUUAGCCCGUUGUUUGCCCAACGUCUUCAUCGCCUCCAAGCGGGAGUCUGUCGUUUAUGCCAGCAUCAGUCGAUUGAAAGCUGACCUCAACUGCAUGUCGGACCUUCUGGGGUCAGAAGUCAAGUGGAAAUAUAUCAUCAACCUCUGUGGGCAGGAUUUCCCGCUCAAGUCCAACAUUGAGCUGGUGUCAGAACUGAAGAAGCUGAACGGAGCUAAUAUGCUGGAGACAAGCCGACCCACCCAAGUUAAGAAGGAAAGGUUCACCUUUCACUAUGAGCCGAAGGAGGUCAGCUUUGAAUAUCAACAACUUCCAGUGAGAACUGCGCAGUUAAAAUCCCCCCCGCCGCACGGCAUUGAGGUGUUCUCCGGCAAUGCCUACUUUGUCUUAUCACGGGCCUUUGUUGAGUACACGAGCCGCUCGAUCGUGGUGAAGGAUUUUCUGGCCUGGUCUGAGGACACCUACUCCCCGGAUGAACACUUCUGGGCCACGCUUGUGCGACUGGAAGGUGUACCCGCUGCGGUGCCCAGAAACCAGCCUGAUAUCACUGACCUGAUGAGUAAGACCAGGCUAGUGAAGUGGCAAUACCUGGAGGGGAACCUAUACCCACCUUGCACGGGGACCCACAUUCGCAGCGUUUGUAUUUACGGUGCAGCAGAAUUGCGGUGGUUACUCAAUUAUGGUCACUGGUUCGCCAACAAGUUUGACUUUAACGUGGACCCGGUUCUAAUUCAGUGCCUCGAGGAGAAGCUGGCGGAAAAGCAAAAGUUAUUUCAAUCAGCGACAUCUAACACUUGUAAAGGUUAACCAGAAAACUGUGGAGCAGCAAUGAUUAACUGAUCAGUCAAUCAACAGAAAAUUAAAGGUCCAGUGGGUAGGAUUUAGUGCCAUCUAAUGGUCAAGUUUCAGAUUGCAAUCAACUGAAAAUCUGUCACCUCUCCCACUUGAUUCAAGCAUGAAGGAGAAACUACAUUGGCCGUGAAACUUGGGAAAAAAUGUGAAAGGUCAUAUGUAGAGCUAGUGUUUGGAUUGUCCCUGUGGGUUGCUGUAGAAACACGAUUCAACAUAGCGGACUCCGUAGACAACGCUCCUUCUGUACUGUAGAUAUAAAAGGCUCAUUCUAAGGUAACAUAAACAUCUUGAAAACAUAGUUAUGAUGAUUAUAUUCCACUUCUGUCUAUAGAUACCCGUAAAUGUUACACACUGGACCUUUAAUCUGCAAUAUUUUUGAUAGAUGAUUUGAUGUUUUGGUGAUUUUUCAAGCUUCUCGAACAGAAGAAUCUGUGUUUUUUGGGGAGAUUUUGCUUGGUGUUGGUCAGAAAAUAUCUUUGAUUUCGUCAUCUUGCAUUUUUUAAAGUGAAGGGAAUUUUUUUACCAACAUUUUUGCAAGUUGCAGCCUUGCUAAAAUAUGCAACAUCCGACAAAAACUGUGUUUAUUAAAACAUGGCAUUGGAGAAAUAGAUUUUUACUGACAUUCAGUCUAAAUUCAGCCAAUUUCAGAGGCUUUAAUCUUU